AAAGUUUAGUAUUUAAAAUUUUUUUUUAAUAUUUUCGAAAUUUGAAUUUGUAAUGGUGGUAAAUAAAUAAAUUUAAAAAAAAAAAUUAUUGUUCGGGUUACUUUAUUUUUGACGAACUCGCUUUGUCAAUAUUUACGUGUACAAAACUAUAUUUGUAUAUAUAUUUAUAUAAAGUUAUUGUUUUCAUAUUUUUAAUAAUUUAAAUAAUUAUAAAUUUAUAUUUAAAAUACUAAAAAAAGAUUCUAUUUAAAUGAACCAUGACCUGGAAUCCAAGAAAAAAAAAUUAUUUGAAUCAAAAACCAUCUGCAGCACCGCCAUUAUUAUCAGUAGCCGAAGAUCGUGAUCUAAAUCUUGCGGUUCAACGUUUAAUGCACGUGGAAGGAACGAUCCGCAAAUUAACCAAAGAAACAAAACGAUAUCUCGAAGCGAUUUCAAACCUCGACCGUGCCGAUCAGCGACUUACUGCAAAUCUCAGUUCCUGUGAACUGGCCCACAUUGAUGAUGAGUUCCGUCAUAUAGUCGAGGAAUAUUUGACCAUAACAACACAAGUGGGUAAAACAGUCCAAGACCUGACUCUUUUGUCCCAGAAGACUUUCAUAGAGCCUUUGAAAAAAUUGCGCGAAGAAUUUUCGCUGAUCGCCGAGGCUCUUGCCAAGCGCGAGGAAUUAGUGACCUCCUGGAAAACGGCCCACAAUCGCUACAAAAAACUCCAAGAAAAAAAGGACAAGACUGCGAGUCAUGUCGUAAAAUUAGAACGGGAGAAACGGGCCGAGGAAUUAGCAGCCAAAGAACUGAAGUCAAUUCAUUCCCGUUUAUUGCUGGAGCUGCCCUGGUUCUUGGAGAAAAGACUUGAGUACAUAAAGCCAUCGAUUAAUGCAUUAAUUAUGAUACAGUUGGAUUAUUAUGGCAAUACCAUGCAAUUGUUUAAUCAAUUAAUGCCAUCUUCUGGUGGCUACACUUCUGAUGACGAAGAUACGAUCGUUAAUGAGCAAUUUAAUCGCAUUAAAAGUUUAACGAUCGUCAAAGAUCAUUAGGAAUUUAUUUUUUAAGUGCAGUAAUAGGAAACAUCAUUAGGAAGACAAUUAUCAAUUAUUUUGGCUCUGAUAGCCAAGUUGACGUCAAUUAACUGCUGCAACUUAUCGUCCGUUUGAAAGCCUGAUUGAAACUUUAGGGUCGGCGACACUAAUAGACUUUCGAAUUUUAGAUUUCUAAUUACGUUUUAAAUAUUUUUGGGACGCGAAUAAUGAAAAUCUUACGAGAAAAUUCGUCUUAUGCAUUUUGUCCGGAAUUCUACACAGGAAAAUGAUUUUAUGGCGCAAAAAAUAUUUUGCACUAUGAAUUGAAGACAAAAAUUUUAUUUCUGUGUCAAUUUGGCGACAAGUUGCGACAGUAAAUUGAUGCCAAUUUUUUAGAAAAGUUUAAGUCUAAUUGUAGCCACAAAAUUGCCGUCAAGUUGAUGGCAACUGACACCAACGUUUUAAACGUAAUUUUAUAAAAUUAUUUAAAAUAAUUUAAACAUAAUCUAUUUAAAAGUUAUAUUUAUUUGAAUUCUUCAUUACAUGUAAUUUUUAAUCAAUAAGUAAGCUUUUUUGUAAAAUUUACCGUUUACGAUUUAUGGCCCAUUUAAUGAACCGGUUUUUCUAUCGCGGCCAAUAACUCUUGAAAUAUUAGAUUAAUCAAUAAAAUGCAUCAAUUCAUUUUUAAAGAUCAGUUAAUUCUCUACAACUUUUGUUUAAAACUUUUUUUUCUUAUGUCCAUACUUUUUGAGUUAUAAGACGUUUAAUGUUAGUUACUCAUUUAUUCGAGAAGACAAACUGCCGACGUCAGUAUUUUUUAUCAGUAAUUUGAUAUUUAAACUCUACAAUGCGCAUGAGUCAUAAGUAAGUGUAUAGACUCAGUCAGUUCGUUAUUUUUGAAUUUGUCAGCACAAUAUCUCAUUUCAUUAGAUCAUUAAUCAGUAACCCGCAUUGUCUGCUUCGUUACUUUGUAACCGUAAUCGGAUAUAAAAAUUUAAUCAACAGACUUUGAAUUUUAAAUUAAAUCAAAAGUGAACAUGAAAAUUUUAAAUUUUCAAAAAAAGAAAAGUUACCGAUUUAGAUCCGAUUUUUAAAAAUGAAGUUUUGAUCAGAUUUCAAAAUUUUGAAGUCUUAGAAAACCUCAAAUUUUUUUAAAUUAAAAUGACAGAAAAUCGUACCAAGUACCCCCCCCCCCCCCCCCAUCAAUGCGAACCUGGAGGAAAAAAUGAUAUAAAAAUCCAAGUGUUAAAAAAUUUGUAGCAUUUAUUUUAAUCAGCUAAACAUUAAUCCACUUAAUUUUUAUACAGACAAUUUACUCCAUCAAUUAUCCAUUUUUUUUAUAAAAAAACAUGCCAAGCAUGCGCCCAAUAAUUUAUUUACUUCGCUCAAAACACAACUGAGGGAAUAUAUAAAUUAAUUAUUGCAAAGAAAAUGAUAUCAAAAAUAUUUAGUCAAUUACAGCUUAAUUAUUAAUGAAUACAUGUAACUUAAUUAAAAGCUACAUAGUUAAUUCGCUUUAUAAAAAUUAAUUAAUUAAUCAAUAGAGAGAUUUCAAUCACAGAAUUUUAAAUUCAAGUAAACGUAAACAAAGCAGUAAAUAUAUGUAAGCA